AUGGGCAUGAAUAAAUGCGAUUUACCCUGGCGGACUGAAAUGGCAUACUUUACACAUAUGACAACUGAUACAGAGGAUAAAAAUAAAAAGAAUGUUGUACAUGGUCGGCAUACAUGGGAAUGUAUCCCUGAAAAGUAUCGACCUUUAGAGAACCGCAUAAAUAUGGUGUUAACAUCACAAUCACUGGAUUAUGGAGAUAAGGCAAUAACAUGUAAAAGUACACAUGCUAUCGAAUUGAUUACAGAAAUGCAGAAUCAAAUAGAAAGAGUGUGGGUAAUAGGAGGAAGUAAAGUGUACAAGAACGCCAUGGAAUCUCCAUAUUUUGGGCGAUUGUAUUUGACACGUAUAAAGAAAGAAUUUGAAUGCGAUACAUUCUUCCCUCCUAUUCCAAAUAAUUUUGUACUGAUAAAAGAUCCAGCUGUGCCACAAGAUAUCCAAGAAGAAAAAGGAAUCCAAUUUGUAUAUGAAGUAUAUGAAAAAGAUAAUUAGCAGAAACUUCAACAUUUUAGUUAUUGAAGCUAUUCAUAA